AUGGUAGCCGCUCGUAUAACAGAGGAGGAACAGCAGCAGUAUGUCUGGCAGCAGCAGCAGCAGCAGCAGCAGCAGCAGCAGCAGCAGGAGCAGCAGCAGGAACAGCAGCAGGAACAGCAGCAGCAGCAGCAGCAGCAGCAGCAGGAGAUUGAUGAGGGGCAGCAGCAGCAGCAGCUCUGCAGCAAACUGCCAGCAACACUCCGCCUCAGUGUAUGGAAGUGCCCUCAUGAUAGUAAUAUGGUGAGCAGCAGCAGCAGCAGCUGCGGGUGCUGCUGUUUGUGA